CGGGGCUUAAAAUCGUCUACCCCUUAAAUAUGGAGUUGUAUCACUUAACCCUCAGAUUCGACCACCGGUAAAAGUUGAAGUUUAAAGUUCGUCUCAUUCCAUCACUCUUUUUUGUUGCAUCUCUUCAACGGAGAACGUAAAUCACAGAAUGUUGCGUCUGCGCGUGGCGGUGGUGGGGGCGGGGGCGGCCGGUCUCUGUGCCGCCCGUCACAUCCUGUCCAGACCAGACAUCUACGCCCCGCCCGUGGUCUACGAGCUCUCGAAGAACGUGGGCGGGACCUGGUUCUACGAGGAGCGUGUCGGUAAUUACGACAACGGGAUACCCAUACACAGCAGCAUGUACAGAAACCUCAGGACCAACCUUCCCAAAGAGGUGAUGAUGUUCCCCGACUUCCCCUUUGACCCCCAGCUCCCUUCCUUCCUGCCCCACAAGGAAGUUCAUCGCUACCUGCAGAGCUACUGUGAGACCCACAGCAUCACGCCCCACAUCAAGUUUGCCACAGUGGUGGAUGACGUCAGCCCCGUCGCCACGGAGACAGGGGAGUCGUCGGCCGGUACGAGGUGGACGGUGACGUCACGUGACGAGUCGGGAGCGGAGACGGCGGAGGGGUUCGACUCCGUCUUCAUCUGUAACGGGCACUACUCUGACCCCCACUUCCCCUCCAUUCCAGGGAUGGAGCAUUUUAAAGGCACAGUCAUGCACAGUCAUUCAUACCGUUACCCUGAGCCUCUCUCUGGAAAGUCAGUUGUGGUUCUCGGCGCUGGAAACUCUGGAGUAGACAUCUGUCAAGAGCUGGCAAGAGCCAACGCCAAGGUGAUUCUGAGCCACGGGAAGCCCACCAUGCCCUCCCUCUCCUCCGUGGGUGUGGAGCAGGCGCCUCCCGUGGUACGGGUCCUGGAGGAUGGAUCGUUCCAGUUCCAGGACGGCUCCACGACCAAGGCCCAGGCUCUGAUGCUCUGCACGGGCUACAACUUCACCUACCCCUUCCUCAAUCCUACCAAGCUGGGCUUGAAGAUCCAGGAACAGCUGGUGACCCCUCUGUACAAGUUCAUGAUGCCCCCAGCCUUCCCCUCGCUCUUCAUCCUGGGCAUCUGCAAGAUCAUUUGCCCCUUCCCCCACUUUCACUGCCAGGUCCAGUAUGCCCUGGGGGUGCUGGAAGGCUCGGUGCCCCUGCCGUCCCGCGCCGACAUGGAGGCGGACGCCCAGAAAGAGAUCGACAGGAAGGCGGAGAUGGGGGUGCAGCUCAGGCACGUGCUGAGGAUGGAGAAAGACCAGUGGGGCUACUACCAGUCUCUGGCACACACGGGGAAGUUCUCCCCACCUCCUCCGGUCACUCAGAGCCUCUUCAACGAGGUGGUGAGGCAGCGGAAGAUACACCCUCACAACUACAGGAGACUCAACUACCGGCUCGUCAGCGCCACCCAGUGGGAACAGAUGGAAACGCAGACUAGUUUGUGAGAAUGAGGAGGUGGUGGAGGUGAUUUAAGGAAGAGGAGGUGGAAUAAGAGGGGGAGGAUUUUAAUAACGUGAUGCCAUUGUCCAUGAGGGUAGAAGUUAUAUUGUUGAAAAUAAAUCUCGAUUUUUUUUAGAUUUUUCUAUUAUCAGAAACUCAAGAUCCUCUUUGGGAGGAUUCAUGUAAGAAUGUUAAAGGAAGUCAUUACUAUAGUUUUGUUACCAAGCAUAAAAAAUAGCUUUCAUAGUACGGAAAGAGUGGAUUUUAAAAGUGAGGCAUCCUUGUUGUAUUGAAAGAAAGACAUAUGGUAGUACAUGGUAUUUUUGAGACUGUAGUAAGUUUAUCUUCAAAUUAAAUAGUAAAAGGUUGUAUUCACAAAACAGACAUUUCUAUAUCUAUGGGCCUAAUUCACGGUAAAUAUUAUUUUUUACUCGUCAAGAGAUGAAUGGCUAGUAUGUUCGAAUAGUUUUUUUCCUGUGUAACAAAACUUGUCAUGUGCUAAAAGCUUUGUCUGAAUGUUUAAACCCCUUAUGUCACCUUAGAAUAUAUUUGAACAUAUAUAUUCUGAACAUCAAAACAAUGUUUUGUAACAAACACAUUCAAUAAUAAAACUAGCUGUGAUCAGAAAUA